AAUAGGGGCUCGACUGCGGGUCGGAUCACGUUGCUCCUGCCGUGGCAGAUACACACCAUUCAGGUCGACCGUUUUCCCCAAUGGGUGCGCGCUUUUUCAGGAACAGAAGUUGUGGCUGAAUUUUCCAGAAAAGUGUCCGGUUUUCGGGGGUUAACUCUGUUAAUAAUACCCCAAGUCUUACCGCAAGUGGAUCUCCUUGUUCGUGUGGACUUUCUAUAACAGAUUUGUGACCUUAGUUUAGUUAUUAGAUUAAUAUAUUGAUUCUCAGAUCAAUCGCCGCCAAUAAAGCACACAAAUUAACAUCGAAGAUGGGUGAUGAAGACGGCGGUGGUACUCAUUGUGGGUAGAUGAGCGGGGCGGGUGGUUGCAGGAGCGGCGGAGGUACGGCGGCCCCCAAGGGAGGCGGUCUGCAUCGCCAGCAGGACAAGCACAUGGUGCACUGGUUCCGCAAGGGUCUCAGACUGCACGACAACCCUUCGUUGAGGGAGGGUUUGAGGGGUGCGAAGACAUUUAGGUGCGUGUUCGUGCUCGAUCCUUGGUUCGCCGGCUCCUCGAAUGUCGGUAUUAACAAGUGGAGGUUCCUUCUCCAAUGUCUGGAAGAUUUAGAUAGAAGCCUUCGUAAGUUAAACUCCCGUUUAUUUGUCAUAAGAGGACAACCAGCAGACGCCUUACCAAAACUGUUUAAAGAAUGGGGUACCACAGCCCUCACUUUCGAGGAAGAUCCAGAACCGUUUGGCCGGGUUCGAGAUCAUAACAUCACCACCCUGUGCCAAGAAUUGGGCAUCAGUGUGGUACAGAAGGUGUCCCACACUUUGUACCACUUACAACAUAUAAUCGACAAAAAUAACGGAAAGGCUCCGUUAACCUACCACCAGUUCCUCGCUGUGAUAGCGUGCAUGAAGGCCCCACCCAAGCCGGAAUUGCCCGUCACCGCCAACUCCCUGAACGGCGCCCACACCCCCCUGUCCGAAGACCACGACGAAAAGUACGGCGUGCCCACGCUGGAGGAGCUGGGCUUCGACACCGAGGGCCUGAACCCCCCGGUCUGGCAGGGCGGCGAGAGCGAGGCCCUGGCCAGGCUGGAGCGUCAUUUGGAGCGGAAGGCGUGGGUGGCGUCGUUCGGCCGGCCCAAAAUGACGCCGCAAUCGUUGUUGCCCUCACAGACCGGGCUGUCGCCUUACCUAAGAUUCGGUUGCCUUUCCACAAGACUGUUUUACUACCAACUGACUGAUCUCUAUAAGAAAAUUAAGAAAGCGUUCCCGCCGUUGUCGUUGCACGGCCAGCUGCUGUGGAGGGAGUUCUUCUACUGUGCCGCCACCAAGAAUCCCAAUUUUGAUAAGAUGCUGGGCAACCCGAUCUGCGUCCAGAUACCGUGGGACAAGAACGCGGAAGCUCUGGCAAAAUGGGCCAACGGACAGACUGGUUUUCCGUGGAUAGACGCAAUUAUGGCCCAGCUGCGACAAGAAGGAUGGAUCCACCACUUAGCCAGGCACGCAGUGGCCUGCUUCUUGACCAGAGGUGAUUUGUGGCUCUCGUGGGAGGAAGGCAUGAAGGUCUUUGAAGAACUACUUUUGGACGCCGACUGGUCCGUUAACGCUGGCAUGUGGAUGUGGCUCAGCUGCAGCAGCUUUUUUCAGCAGUUUUUCCACUGUUAUUGCCCCAUUAAGUUUGGGAGGAAGGCUGAUCCAAACGGUGAUUACAUCAGGAAAUAUUUGCCGGUGUUGAAGAACAUGCCAAUUCAGUACAUUCAUGAGCCUUGGACGGCUCCUGAAAACGUUCAGAGAGCAGCCAAAUGCAUUAUUGGUAAAGACUAUCCCUUGCCCAUGGUCAAUCACGCCUCAGCUAGCAGGAUAAACAUACAAAGAAUGAAGCAGGUCUAUCAACAGCUGGCCAACUAUCGCACUUUAGAGAACGUUAAUUGCACAAGUCAAGAAUCGUUCAAAGAUGGCUACCAACAUCAACCACCAAUGGCAACUGCUUUCCAACAAUUUGAGUUUUUGGAUCCGUAUUUGCAUGCUACCCCAGACGAUAAUUUCGAUGAUGAAUUUCAUAUGUCUUGAUGUUUAUUUUUGGCUCAUGUCAGUGUUCUUUUAUAACUAAUUCAUGUUUUCCGCCAUGCUUACCUAAGGAAAUGAUCAUGGAAAAAGAAGAGAAGAUUAUUGAGAAUGUGGAAUAGAUAAUACGUCACAAAAAAUGAUAUAAGUUAAUUUAUCCAAAAUAUUUAUAUGUCUUUCAUUUCUUUACAAGGGGGUUAAAGAAUUCAACGUCGAACGAUCUCAUAAAUAAAAUAAUUCCAUUUUAUUUCCCACUUAGUUUUCAUAAAAUAUGUUCUAGGAAUUUUUUUAAAAUAAUAUGCUGAUCUCUUUGCACUUUGUUAGACGUUGAAACCCUUUUAGACCCACCUUGAUUCAUUCGUGUAUCAAAUUUAUUUUACUUAUAUUUUAAUGAUUUUUAAAUGGUGGUAGUGAAUAUUAUGUGUAAUAAUAAUCUAUUACUUAAAAUCAACAUGUACUGUAGCCAAAGUUUAUUUAUGUGCAAAUUGUGAUUUAUAUAGGCUUUAGAAAUUGAUGUAUUUGGAAAUAAAACAAUAAAUAAUA